CCUUCCAAUCAAGCCAAACUAGCGCCUAAACAAAUGAGUUGUCCUGGAAGCAGAUCUUAAGUUUCUAACCUACAACCCUAAAAAGCUAUCCUCUCAAACAAAACUAAACCCAGCAAUUUCAAACUUUACCCAUACAAAAUUUCAGCCAAAUCAACAUUUAUAUAGAACAAAAAUCUCAUCUUUCAACAUAUUUAUCUCUAAGGUUUAUAUCUUCUAAUCAUCUUAUAUUGUUUGAAACAGAAGAAUGAGAAAAUAACCUUUCGAUGCAGGUGAAGAUCAAAGCACUGUCUCUCGGUCUCUUUUCGUCUGUGAAAAUGGGUUUGAAUAUCCUUAUAGGUAUCUUCACAAGGUAUAGAAGAUAAAUGAUGGGUCUUUGCAAGUUGUUUCUGAGCCAUUGUUUUUUUUUGAGUGAUGCUGGGUUGAAAGGAAACGUGUGAACGGAAGUAAAGGUUUUGAGUGAUGCUGGGUUGAAAGAAACGUGUGAACGGAAGCAAAGGAAACGUGUGAACGGAAGCAAAGGAAACAUGAUGUUAGAUAUGGAGGAAGAGAAGAAGGGCAUUAGAGGCAAUGGCAAGAUGGUGGAGAAAGAAAAGGAGAAGAGCAAGCAGCACCAACGAGGAGGAGUCAGAACCUUACCUUUCAUCCUUGCAAAUGAAUUGUGUGACAGAUUUGCAAGCGCUGGUUUUCAUGCAAACAUGAUAAACUACCUUACGCAACAAUUGAACAUGCCAUUGGUUUCAGCCUCCAACAUUCUCAGCAACUUUAAUGGAACCUCUAGCUUGACUCCUCUUCUUGGUGCUUUCAUUGCUGAUUCCUUUGCAGGCCGUUUUUGGACAAUUGUUGUUGCCACUCUCAUCUAUGAAUUGGGACUAAUUACAAUAACAAUUUCAGCUAUACUACCCCAUUUUCACCCUCCACCUUGCCCAACACAAUUGAAUUGUGAAGAAGCCAAGUCCUCACAACUAUGGAUACUCUAUCUAGCACUCUUUCUCACAUCUCUUGGAACAGGUGGCAUUAGAUCAUGUGUUGUACCCUUCUCAGGAGACCAAUUUGACAUGACCAAAAAAGGUGUUCAAUCUAGAAAAUGGAACCUUUUCAAUUGGUACUUUUUUUGCAUGGGAUUGGCUUCUUUAAGUGCUUUGACAAUUGUGGUUUAUAUUCAAGAUAAUAUGGGCUGGGGUUGGGGCCUUGGUAUACCAACCAUUGCAAUGUUGAUAUCCAUAAUUGCUUUUAUGUUGGGCUCACCACUCUAUAAAACUAUGAAACCAAAUGGAAGCCCAUUUGUUCGAUUGGCCCAAGUGAUUGUGGCAGCUAUAAAAAAGAGGAACCAGGCUUUGCCACAAGAUCCCAAGCUUUUAUACCAAAAUAGUGAGCUUGAUUCUCCUAUAUCUUUGGAAGGAAGGCUUUUACACUCGGAUCAAUUUAGAUGGUUAGACAAGGCUGCAAUUAUAACAGAGGAAGAAGCCAAAUAUCCCAAUGCACAACCAAAUUUAUGGAAUUUAGCCACUAUUCAUAGAAUUGAAGAGUUAAAAUGCAUCAUUAGAAUGCUUCCAAUUUGGGCCUCUGGAAUUUUACUCAUAACUUCAUCAUCACAUCAAAAUAGCUUUGUCAUUAUACAAGCUCGUACAAUGAAUCGUCACCUCUCUCAUUCAUUCCAAAUUUCACCAGCCAAUAUGUCAAUUUUCAAUGUACUAACCAUGAUGAUAGGUGUUAUUCUAUACGAACGCCUUUUCGUUCCAUUCGCUCGUAGAUUCACAAAAAAUCGUGCGGGAAUAACAUGUUUACAAAGAAUGGGAGUAGGAUUUGUGAUUAACAUUAUAGCCACUAUAGUUUCAGCACUAGUGGAAAUUAAAAGAAAGAAAGUUGCUUCCAAAUACCAAUUAUUGGAUAAUCCAAAAGCAAUUAUUCCUAUUAGUGUGUUUUGGUUGGUACCUCAAUAUUGUUUGCAUGGUGUGGCUGAAGUUUUUAUGUCUGUUGGACAUUUAGAAUUUCUGUUUGAUCAAUCACCUGAAAGUAUGAGAAGUAGUGCUACUGCUUUGUAUUGCAUAGCUACAGCUAUUGGAAGCUUUAUUGGUACAUUAUUGGUAACACUAGUGCAUGAUUAUACUGGUAAGGAAAAAAGUUGGUUACCUGAUAGGAACCUUAAUAGAGGUAAAUUAGAGUGCUAUUACUUUCUUGUUAGUGGGAUUCAAGUCAUAAAUUUUAUUUAUUAUGUAAUUUGUGCUUGGUUUUACACUUAUAAGCCCUUGGAAGAAAUUAGUGAAAUGAAUAUUAAGGAAGAAGAUUUGGAACAGGUUGAUGGAAAUGUGUCAUUUGUUAGUUUAAAAGAAGGUAAGGAGGAUGAGAAAAGAGAAUUUGCAAAGGAUGAAUGAAUUUAUGAUCUUGUUGGUAGUAUAGUGUGGUAUUCUGAUUAAUGUACUAGCUAGUGUUGAGCUAAUAAUGUAAGCACAUGUCAUAGUUUAUUUCUAUUUGGAAAUUAAUUAUGUUAA